AUAUAUAUAUAUAUAUAUACAGACUCAUGCGACGCGAGGCCGCCGUGAAUACGCAAUCCAAUCUCGUAUUCCCGCGAGAAGAUCAAACCCUCUGAUUGAUAGGGGUGAACUCACCAUCCGCUUCAACAUGUCGGGAGACACCGCGGCGGCGGUGCAGGCAGGAGGAGACGCGCAGCAGGCCGUCGGCAGGAACCGGAUUCAGGUGUCCAGCUCCAAGAAACCUCUAUUCUUCUACGUCAAUCUCGCCAAGAGGUACAUGCAGCAUCACGACGACGACGUCGAGCUCUCCGCGCUCGGGCUGGCCAUAUCGACGGCUGUAACCGUUGCAGAGAUCCUGAAGAACAAUGGUCUUGCUGUCGAGAAGAAGGUUAGAACAUCCACAGUUGACAUCAAAAACGAAAUAAGCACCCGGUCAAUCCAAAAGGCUAAGAUUGAGAUAGUGCUGGGAAAGACUAACAAGUUCGAUGAACUGAUGGCCGCCAAUGAUGGAGAUGGAACCGCAGGGGAUGGCGUGGGAAAGAAUGACAAGUUCGAUGAAUUGAUGGCUGCCAAUGAUGGAGAUGGAACCGCAGGGGGUGGCAACAAACAGAGAUUUGUUAUAGAUUUUCCUACCAUUUUUAUCUCUUCUCCUCUCCUUGAUAGAUCUAGUUAAAAUAUGUUUAGGUGUUUCGUUUCAAUUGUUGAGUGCGGCGUUCGUAGAACAUAUAUUUGAUUUAUAUCAUUCCAUUUGUUAACUGAUAGUGUCUCCCCAGUUCACCACUGUGACAUCACAGAGACCAACAUAAGAGAAACAAGAACACAAAUCAGUUGUGAAUUAUGAUUGCCGAUG